GUCGAUGCCAGAGUUGAUACAAGUUGAAUAUUUCCGACAGUUUAUUCAAGAACAUUUAUCUUUGGAUACGGCUGUUGUUGAAAAUAUUUACUUUUCACAAGAUGCCAGUAGUUUGUUCCCAAAGGGGCAUAUAUCUAUGGAAACUAUUCCAAUACAAGUGGUUCAUAAGAAAGUGAUUCGAGUGCAACGGUAUGGAAAAUACCUUUGGUUGGAGUUGUCUAGUCCCGUUGUAUAUAUUAUAUUCCACUUUGGUAUGUCAGGUAGUUUGGCUCAUAGGAAAACGGAUGGUAGUCUAGAGUUUGCCCAUGUUGGAAAACAUUACUCGUCGUUGAUACAAGAGUGGCCCAGUCAGUAUGCAAAGUUAAGGUUGGUAUUCCAAGAUGGUUCCGAGUUGGCCUUUUUGGAAACUAGAAAAUGGGGGAAAGUCGUAUUUACUGAACAAAGUCCUAUGCAACUAUCAUAUAUCACUUGUUUGGGAUUCGAUCCAAUCUUAUCCAACCCCACUAUUCAGGAAUUGUAUGAUAAGAUACAAUCAUACAAAAGUGCUAUAAAGACAGUGUUACUGAAUGGUAGUGUUAUUGCUGGUAUCGGUAAUUGGAUGGCAGAUGAGAUUCUAUACAAGUCCAAAAUUCAUCCUUUAGAAUGGGCUUGUUUAUUAUCUUUGAAUGAUGUUGAGUCUUUAUGGGAAGCAACUAAGCAAGUCGUACAACAAGGCGUUCGAGUACGUGCCAAUAGUGAUGAGUUUCCCAAGGAUUGGUUAUUUCAUCUUCGUUGGAAAAAGGAUAAAGCUCAACUGGGUCAACAAAAGGGAGUCAAGAUACUGCAAGUGGGAGGAAGAACCACAUUGUAUGUUGCUUCUCAACAACGUUUGCAUAAACCAGGAAGAAUGGAUUCCAUCAAAGAUAAAGUAGGAUCAAGUCCACAGGAUUCCAAGACAAAACAGCAACCAUCCGAGAAACAGAUGAGAGAUAUUUAUCGUUGUUUAUGUAUUUCUGAAAAAGAUGGCAUCAAUCAACAAGACUUGUGUAAUGCAGUGAAGGAACUGGAAAGUGGAAAAUGGGAAGAUGAUCAAGUGAUCAAGGAUGCCAUUGCUUUGUUUUCUUCGAAUGGCUAUUCCGUUAGUUGGGAAGACUUUGUAAAUAUAUAUAAACAAAUUCAGAGCACUUCAAAGUGAAGGCCAUUGAAUACAAGGAAAAUAGCGAAUUCAAUUUAUCUUCAAACACAACCGCAACCAUAGUAUAUCAUAUAAACACGUAUAUGUAAAUAGAUAAGAAACUUUAAACUUCGUAU